AUUAGUUGAAUGAUAAUUUUCCUCUAACAGUAAUAAAUCUUGUGGCUCAUCUCUCUCUAUUGCUAACUGAAAAAGUUUAAUUGGAAAACCCGAAAAGGGUUAUCCUUUUAUAGCCUUUCGGUGAUUGGUUUCAACUGCUUUCACUCUCUCUUUCCUCUGUUUUCUUUCUUUCACUUUACCCCUUUCAUAAACAUAUCGUAAAGAAAAAGAUCUACUACCAUUAUAGCCUCAAUGCUAUUUCUCAUCAUUGUUCUUUCUGUUUCACAAGAUCACACAUCACCAAAGUUUAAAACCUGCAAUUUUUGACCCCUCAACCCCAUAGUUCACAAUUUCUCACUCCAAACUCAUUAUCCUUUCAACCUAUAAAAGUAAAUUCAAAAACAUUCCCACUCAUAAAGACACAAACACAUUACUUUCCUUAAAAACAGAGUUCCUCUGUUUCAAAACAGAGCAUGGCAAUAGAAGUGUGCACUGAGAUUUCCAACUACACAGGAAUCAGUCCUCGAAUAUCAUUCUCACAUGAUCUAAAAAACUCAAACGACGUCGUUUCCGUCGAAGAAGAUCGUCACCGUCGAUCCGAUUUACGCCUUCUAGACUCCACCGCUUCUGAUUUCGUCUUCAGCAUCACCAACAAUGAUUUCCCUCAACAAUUCUCCUCAGCUGAUGAACUCUUCUCCAAUGGCAAGAUCGUUCCAAUGCAAAUCAAAAAAGUAAUUUCCAAAUCCAAUUCAACACAACAACAAAAACAACAACUUCUUAGAACUCCUCAAAAGAAGAGACUCAAAGAAUUCUUGACGGAUGAAACAGAUAAUGAAGAAGAAAAACCAUCUUCAAAGUAUUUCUGGCAAUUCAAACGAAGUAGUAGUUUGAAUUUCGAUACAACUAGUAAAAAUAGCUUGAUUCCACCGAAUCUGAAGGAAACAGAGCUUGUAAGGGAAACACAGAAGCAGAGGUUGCAGAAACAAUCCUCUGCUUCGAGUAGUAGAAGAUCUUCUUCUUCAUCUUCAACUUCAAGUACAUAUUAUUUUUAUAGUUCAUCGUUAAAGAAAAAUUCUGGAUCUUCUAGUAGUGGUGUUAGAAUUCGUCCUGUUUUGAAUCUACCUCAAGCUUAUAUUCCUAAAGUUACUGCAAGAUUUUUUGGAUUUGGUUCAUUGUUCUGUAAUGGAAAAAUUAAAAGAAAGAAGAAAUAG